CUUCCGCUCUGAUUGUAUUAGAAUAUUGUUAUCAUUUACCAAAGCCGAGUGGAAUAUUGGUUGUUUCGGCUUUCGUGGACGGUUUGGGAAAUGCUGAGCUUUUUGUAGAUUUUAAGAGUGUUUCUGUGCCGUUGUCGAGCUCGGGGGCUUUCCAGAACAACAUGGUUUUUACGGGCUCCGUGAGGCUGAAGGUGCUGGAAGCGACUGACUUAAAACCUGCGAUUUUAGCUCAAAGAAGGGUGAAAUCUAUCGACCCUUACGUAUCCGUUCAUGUGGAUGAUGUUCCUAUAGCACAGACUUCUUCCAAACCGAAAACAUCAACGCCAAUUUGGAACGAGGAGUUUGAAAGCGACAUAGAAAAUGGAGAAACGCUAGGAAUAACUGUAUUUCACAACGCAAUCAUGCCCCCCGAUCCGUUCGUAGCGAAUUCGUCGGUUCCUUUGGAAGAGAUCAUCAAUUCGGGAACCUCUGAUAUCUGGAUUCCACUUGAACCAGAAGGAAAAGUUCAUCUCUUUAUCGAACUCAAGCCAGCCAUUCAGGAUAGAGAUCGGAGAGUCUUUAAGGAAAGGGAAGGCGGCAUCAAAGGCCGAAGAGGAGCUAUGAGGCGAAGAGUGCACCAAAGCAACGGCCACAAAUUUAUGGCAACGUACCUCAGACAACCGACCUUCUGUUGCCAUUGUAAGGAAUUCAUUUGGGGCGUCAUUAAUAAGCAAGGCUAUCAGUGCCAAGUCUGUACUUGUGUUGUUCACAAGAGAUGCCAUAAGGAUGUAGUCCAUCAAUGUCCCGGUGAAAAGCAAGACUCCCAGGAUGUCAUCUCAAAUGAGGGAAAGAGUGCAUUUGGACGGUCAAGCUCUGGAUCUCUGCGUUUCAAAGUUGACAUGCCUCACAGAUUUGCAGUUCACAAUUACAAGAGACCAACUUUCUGUGACCACUGUGGGUCACUCCUGUAUGGUCUAUUGAGACAGGGAAUGCAAUGUUCAGCUUGCAAACUGAAUGUCCAUAAAAGAUGUCACAAGAAUGUAGCAAAUAACUGUGGUGUUAAUUCCAAAGAGAUGGCAGAUGUCUUAAAAGGCAUGGGACUUACAGGAAACAAACUAUCAGAAUCAAUGAGAGUGAAAAAGCCUUCAAUCCAAUACAAUGGAUCUAACACGAUGAUACCUUAUGAUCGCUCCUCAUCACGGAUGACGCUAAUAAACGCACAGGAGAAUGACAGUGACGAUGUGAGCUCUCUUGAUUCACUCUCCAUAAAACCUGAUGAUCUGGAGGCUUCCCCAGGAGCCAGGAGACGGCAGAAAAAGUUUGGCUUGUCGGAAUUUAAAUUUAUUAAAGUACUAGGAAAAGGCAGUUUUGGCAAGGUCCUGUUAGCUGAAAGAAAAGACACAGAUGAAAUUUAUGCCAUAAAGAUCUUGAAGAAGGAGACAGUUCUACAAGAUGAUGACGUAGAGUGCACGAUGAUUGAGAGACGAGUAUUGGCUCUCUCAGCAGGUCACCCAUAUCUCACGGCGCUUCAUUCCAGCUUCCAAACAGCGGAUCGACUGUUUCUUGUGAUGGAGUAUGUCAAUGGAGGUGAUUUGAUGUUUCAAAUUCAAAAAGCAAGAAAAUUCGAUGAAAGAAGAUCUAGGUUUUACGCGUCAGAAGUUGUUUUGGCGCUUCAAUACCUUCAUAGGCAUGGAGUUAUAUAUAGGGAUUUAAAAUUGGAUAACGUGCUAUUAGACAAAGAUGGCCACAUCAAGCUGGCUGAUUUUGGAAUGUGUAAGGAAGGAAUGACUCCUGGUGGAUAUACAAACACGUUUUGUGGAACUCCGGACUACAUUGCGCCUGAGAUUCUUCAAGAAAAGCCUUAUGGCUUCUCUGUUGACUGGUGGGCGCUGGGAGUUCUCAUGUACGAGAUGAUGGCAGGACAGCCACCGUUCGAAGCUGAUAACGAAGACGACCUUUUCGAGUCCAUUCUUCACGAUGAUGUUCUGUAUCCUGUGUGGCUUUCCAAAGAAGCUGUCUCAAUACUAAAAGGGUUUAUGACGAAAAAUAGCAUGAAAAGGCUCGGCUGCACAGCCAGCGGGGAGCAAAGCAUUCUGGAACAUCCCUUCUUUAGAGAAAUCGACUGGAUCCAGUUAGAGGCGAGAGAAGUCGUGCCGCCCUUUAAACCAAAAAUACGAUCAAGAACAGACGUUGGAAAUUUCGACACUGAUUUCACAAGAGAAGAGCCGAAACUGACGCUGACGGACAAAAACAUCAUCGCAAAUAUUAACCAGGAGGAAUUUAAGGACUUUUCUUUCGUCAACCCUCAUUUCGUGAGCGAUAGCCUUGUUUAAUAGCAGCUUUAACUUUACAUUGUACAUAGAUAUGAACAGCAACAGAUGAAGAAAAUUUGAAAUUUUAUUCCAAAAAUUAAACAAAUUUUAUCUUUUUAGAAUGUGAUCAAGCAACCGUGUAUUUUUUAGAUUGGGCGUGACUCUAACCAACGUUCCGGUUUCCCGGACAACCACAUGACUUGUCACGCAACAAGUCUCCUGGAGGCGCAUUGCGUGACAACGCACACUAGGGAACCAAUAAAUGGAUAUAUAUGUGAGAAGUACAGUAAAAAUUGAAAUGUUUGUCGUGUACUUAAAAAACGAAGUUAAACUUCAAUCAAAGUAAAUAGUUUUUGAUUUUAAUGUUAAAUAAGGAAGAAAAUUUCAGACCGCUUUGAUUUGCGAAUUCCUUUUUUAUCGCAGCUUUGAAUUACCCAGUCGAUUUUGCCGUGGAAAGUCUAGUAUAUAUAUCCUGUGUAAAAUGUUCUGUGGAUUUUUAGAAUAUCAAGGUUUUAAUUCUACUUAGCCAAGUCGAUCCCGCAGACGAGACGUUUGAAUUGGAAUGUAACUUAUUGUCAAAUUCUCGCAACUGCAGUCAUGAGAAAUGCUGAACGAUCAGCGAAGCGAGUUUUUUCUCUUGAUGUCGAGGCUUCAACCUUUCUCACUGUUUUUAGUGAUGUGGAAUUUAUUAGAAAUUGUCUUUCUCCUAAAGCGCUCUGCUUCGCAUAAAAUGCCAUUGUAGGGUGUAAAACUUCACUUCAGCAUUAUUCAAAAACCCUUACUAGUUGUCCUAGUUGACAUCAUUUUGUUGGGUUUUCCGCUGUCAAUUGUUUUGGCAGAGAUGUCAAGUGGAUUGCGCGUGCCAUCAUUUGACCAUUUGAUUGGCGGAAACUUUUGGAAAACCCACUGAAAGCUGUCAUAACGCCUCAGUCACUUUUAGAUAAUGGCGAACCACUCGUUUUUCUUUCGUUUGAAAUAGCAACGUGUUUUGUUAAAUAAUAUGACAAAGACUCGUGCAAAAAACGCAUUUACCUGUCUGCAAAGGUGAGAAAAUCAAAUUUUCGAAAACGAACAACUCAUGGGCUAACUCGGGCUUGUUUAGCGGGGAUCGACUUGGAAAUACUUCAGCUAGAGUUAAAAGACGACAUUUUUAUGUUAUCUGGACAGGUUUUUAUCACUGUCAUAUCAAUUUAGGGUUAUUUAUUAUACUUAAUUCUAAUUAAUACUAUGUUUACACGUAAUGGUUUCGUUACUAUGAACAAUUUUAAACAAGAUGCAUUGUAAUCGCGCGUUGGUUAAAUUAUCUUUACUGUGAAUUUUAGAAUACUCAUUUAAACUGUGGAUAAAUUUCUUUAUAUCUAAAUCUUUGUAUUCCAGUUUUUUAGGUAAAUGUAAGAUUGAUAUAAAUUUCAUUAUUACUAGCAAACUUGCCAGGCUUACGCGAGGCCAGUUAAGGGGGCAUCGCACUUUAAUUUAGCCCAUUCUGUUAAAUGCUAACCUUGUAAGGAUGGAGAAGACAAAAGUACUGGAAAGUGAGAGUAGAUUAGGCAGAAAAAAACUUUGAAUCCAAACGAAAAUAUGACUCUUCAGCGCAUUCUCACGAUAAUGCACUCUUGGUCCCAGAGCCUCUGCUUCUAUUGGUCAGCGCCAGAGUGGCAAGUGAGGCAUUGCGAACGUGAUUAGUUUGAAUAGUACUCGUAGUUUGAAAUAAGAGUUUUGCAAACGGUGUGCUUAUGAUGCUUGUAGAAUUAUUUUAGUCAGUGUCAGUUUUCUUUCUUUCAUUUUCCUAAGUAAAGUGAGUGAACAGGAAAACCUUUCUAAUUGUUACAAGUUUGCUGUGAACAGGGAAUCAAUAGAAGCUUUCCAUAGGAAGGCAAUUUCGUUUUUGUUUUCUGCAAGCCAAGCUGUUUGUUUUAGUUUUCGAGCGAUUUUCAAUUGAGUGUAGUAAAACCAAAAUCAAAACCAACUACUCAGCCAAUCUCAAACCGUAGUUAAACUAACUUGACCAAAGUAAUUGCCGGAUUACUUUUAACACUCAACUGAAAACCGCUCCAACUCAUCUUUUAAGUCAUUCGUCGUGUUCUCAACUCACGUUAGUUGCUCUUGGCUCAAGAUGCAGUAAUAAAAUACAUCCAGAACAUG